AGAAGAAUGCAAAAUCCUUAGCUGGGAGAUGAGAGGCGGGUGUAGCCGAGUGUGGAUAUAAGAAUCAAUUUCUUUGUCUGAGUGAGAGCUCAAAGAUUUUACUGUCCCUUUGGGUUUGCUAUCCUUUUAAAGACAGCCAGGAAACUGGAUUAAAGACAUGGCUACCUCCAGCAAUUCUUUAAGCGAGGAGCAGGUAACAUGCUCAAUCUGUCUGAACGUGUUCACUGACCCUGUCACCACUCCAUGUGGACACAAUUUUUGCAUGACUUGCAUCAGAAGGCACAGAAACAGCAGUCCACACUCCCAGUGUCCACUGUGUGGUGAGAAGUUUGACUCAUCUAAAUUCAAGAUAAACACAACAGUCAAAGAGAUUUCAGAGCACUUCAAAGGGAAGAGGACGCAGGUGACCUGUGACAGCUGCUCCAAGAGAAAGCGGAAAGCUCUGAAAUCCUGUCUACACUGUGAAACAUCUUUCUGUGAGGUUCAUCUGGAACCUCAUAAAACUGCAGAAAAACUGAAGAAGCACAAGCUGAUUGACCCUGUGGAGAAUCUGGAAGACUACGUAUGCAAGAAGCACAAAAGACCUCUGGAACUGUUCUGCAGAGAUGACCAGACAUAUGUGUGUUAUUUUUGCACUGAAACUGACCAUAAGAGUCACAACACUGUUCCCAUGGACGAGGAAAGUGAAAUUCUCCAAGCAACAGUGAAAAUAAAGAUGCAGAUGAUGAUUCAGGACAGAGAGCAGAAGAUUGCAGAAAUCAAAGAUUCAUUAAGAUUAAUUAAAGAAACAAAAGAGAGAGAAACACAAGAAAACUUUAAGUUCUUUAAUCAGCUGAUUGAGGGAAGCCAUGCUGAGCUGCUUGAAUCUAUGGAGGAACGAGAGAAAGCAGCAGAGAGGCAAGCCGAAGAGCUGAUCACAGAGCUGGAACAAGAAGUCAGCGAGCUAAAAACAAAAUAUGCUAAACUGGACCAGCUUUCAAAUCCAACAUACCACCCUUACCAACUGCAGAUUCCUAGCUACCUAAGCAGCAGGAAGCACCAAACUGAUGUGGGUUUCCACACUCAUAUUUAUUUGGAACCUUUGAGGUUAACGCUGUCUCAACUUCAGGAGGGCCUAGAUGAGAAGAUAAAAGAAAUAGUUUCUAAAGAACUGAACAGCAUUCGUCGUUAUUCAGUUGAUGUGACUUUAGACCCUGACACAGCCCAUCCUGAGCUCCUCUUGUCUGAUGAUGGGAAGCAGGUGUGGAAUGGAGGCAAAACACAAAAUGUCCCUAACAGUCCAUUUAGGUUUGAUUGGUGCUCCUGUGUCCUCGGAAAGGAGGGGUUCUCUGGAGGGAGAUUUUACUAUGAGGUCCAAGUGAGUGGGAAGACCGAGUGGGAUUUAGGCAUGGCCACCGAGUCUAUAAACAGGAAAGGGGAUGUUGAGUUGGGUCCUGAGAACGGUUCCUGGACUAUAUGGCUGAGGAAUGGGAAUACGUAUGAUGCAAAUGAGAUACCGCCUGUUCGUCUCUCCCUGAAAGAGAAGCCCCAGAAGGUUGGGGUCUUUGUGGAUUAUGAGCAAGGUGUGGUCUCCUUUUAUGAUGUUGAAGCCAAGUACCAUAUAUACUCUUUCACUGGGCAGUCUUUCUCUCAGAGGCUUUACCCAUAUUUCAGUCCUGGUGAAAAUGAAAGGGGCAAAAACUUAGCUCCACUAAUCAUUACAGCUGUAAGUAACACUGAACAAUAG